AUGAUUAGGAUACAAGCUAAAAGACUAUUUAUAGCGCCUGUGAGGAGUGGUCGUUAUAUUUCAGGCUUUCAAAGAUCGUUUAUCAGAAAUUAUGGGUCCGAUGUGGAAGAUUUAAAAAAGGAAGCAGAUAGAUUGGAAACUGACAAAUCAGCAUCAACAACAGGUGUGUUAGAUUAUGAAAAACAGCUGGAGGUCGUGUUGUAUUUCGAUCAUAUAUACCCAAUGCCAAUAUCAGGUUUAUCGCUUAAACGUAAAUUCUUAUCACCAAUUCAAAACCGGGCAACUGCUGAUGAUUUAAAGCAAAAAGUGUUAGAUUUAUCUACAACAGAGAGUAAUCCUUUGCCAGAAAACACUAAAAUAUCGGAAUUUGUUCCUCUAAAGAGAGAUGCGGGGGCUUUUGUUAAGUUUGAAGUUCCGCCAGAAACUACAUGCAAAGAGCUAAUUAAUCAGAUUGUCUCUAAUUUAAAAGAGAAUGAAGUCCAACAUAAUAAGAAUAUUUUUAAUUAUUUCAAAAGUUUACUUUGGAAUCAAUUUCCAACGUGUUUUCAGGUUAAAGGUACACCUUGGAUCGAGGAUUUGAGAAGAUACCCAUCACCAAAACUUAAAGUAAUAUUUGAAGGAGACCCAUUAACCGAAGAAGAGUUGUACCUUUUGUUUAGAAGAUAUGGUUUAAUUGUUGAUAUUAUUCCCGUUUCUAGCUCGAAUCCUACUGCAACGAUUAUUUUUAAAUAUCUCAGAUCUGCAAUUUGUGCUAAAAACUGUAUUACGGGUAUAAGUCUAAAUUCUAAUAUGACUACUUUACAUUUGCAAUAUAUCCCUAUUGAGCGUGCAAAUUACCUUGUUGAUUUUAUUGUUAAUCAUCAAAAAAUCACAAUCCCAACAAUAAUUGCACUUCUUGCUACCCUUGCUGUCCUUAUUUUCGACCCUAUUAGACAAUUGUUUAUUGAGCAGAAUAUCACACACAAGUAUUCCUUGGAAACAUACAAAGAUAACAAAUAUGUAAGGGUUGUAUAUUAUCCUUAUCGUAGAUUUGUUCAAUGGUUAAAUAAUAGUUAUGACUAUAUUGAUGAAAAGCUCAAUCAAGUUUACGAAGGAAAACACAAUCAGGAAAAUGCUUCUGGGGAUUCUGGAAAUAUCAAUAUAUUGUGGAAUGAAAGAUUUGAAAAGAUCAAACAAUUGAGAUUAUGGAUUUAUGAAAAUAUUAAUACUUUUAUUAUUGUAAAAGGUCCGAAGGGCUCAGGAAAAGAGGAGUUUGUGUUAGAUCACACUCUAAAUAAUGAUGAAAAGUUAAAACGUAAAGUUCUUUACAUUGACUGUGACUCGUUGGUAAAAACAAGAUCUGAAAAUGCUUUAAUUCAAGCUACUGCGCAACAAUUAGGAUACUUUCCUGUCUUCACCUGGACUAACUCCAUAUCACAAUUUGUUGAUUUAGCUGUCCAGGGUAUGACUGGUCAGAAAUCGGGCUUGAGUGAAUCUAAGGAAACUCAAUUAAAGAAUAUGUUUCUGUUGACUACGCAAGCUUUGAGGAAUAUUGCUCUUUCAGAGUAUGAGGAUUAUAAAAAUGAUAGUCUCAAGCAACAGAAAAGGCGUCAUAGAAAAGCUGAAAGUAAUACGGACGAGAGCUCAAAUGUUUCAGUCGAAGAAGAUAUUAUUAAAGAAGAAGACUACUUACAGCAACAUCCUGAGGCAAAGCCUAUUAUUGUAAUCAAUAAUUUCCAAAGAAAAUCUGAUGGAAACAAUGAUUUGAUAUAUAAACUCCUUGCUGAAUGGACAUCGCUGUUAGUACAAAGUAAUAUGUCCCAUGUAAUAUUCAUUACACACGACGUUGGAUCAGUUCAGCAUUUAACAGAUUCAUUACCUAACCAAGUCUUUAAGACAAUUUCAUUAUCUGAUGCAUCCCAAAGAAGUGCUAAACAGUAUGUUUGGAAUCAAUUGAAUGAUCCUAGUUUAAUGAAUCCUGACACUCUUGACAAGUAUAUUCAACCUUUGGGAGGUAGAAUGCUUGAUUUACAAGCUUUUAUCAGGCGUAUCAAAUCAGGUGAAUCUGCAAAUGAUGCAUUGUCUGAAAUGGUAAAUCAGGCUUCUGAGCAGAUUACCACUUUCUUUUUGAAUAAUACAGUGGCAAACGAAUCUGAAAACAAUUGGAAUACAGCACAAGUGUGGGCAAUUAUGAAAUUCUUAUCUGAAAAUGAUUCAUUUGAAUACAAUGAGUUGAGUAAGAUUUCGCUUUUCAAGUCAUCCAGCGAAACGUUGGCAACUUUGUCGGCUUUAGAAAAGUAUGAUUUAAUCUCAUUUACUCGUGAGAAGGGUAUUUUAUCACGUAUUUCUACUGGUAGACCAUUAUAUAAGGCUGCAUUUAAGGAGCUCGUUAAUGACAAGAAGAUUUAUAAACUUUAUGAGACAGACUAUUAUACUAAUUUGAUAUCCAUCGAGAAUGCUAAAAUCUUGAAACUAGAAGACGAAAUCAAUAAGAUUUCCAGAUUAAAUGAUGUUAAGUAUUUGAAAAAUAGACUUGAAUAUGUGCUGUCAAAAAUUAAUGCUGCUACUGAUACAAUUAUGAAAUACGAAGAAAAAAUAAAGGAGAUAGGGAAAUUGAAUGAGAGCAGUUCCUCUUCAUUUCUAGGAAUCAAGUUUAAUUAA